AUGAAUCUAUCUGGGAACCUGAAGGCUCUCAACAUCUCCUCAAUGAAGUCCCACUCUAUUGUGUCAUAUGCCUUCCUCAGAUCUAGUUUAAUCAUACAGUUGGGUGAGUUAUUGGAGGAACGCCAUCAAGAUAUAGUCAACAUGUUUGCGAAGGAAAGACUUUCUCGUAAAAAGUUACUCAUUGUUCUUGACGAUCUAUUUGAUGUAGAGCAAUUUGAGUAUUUAGUUGGAGAUCGUAAUUGGUUAAGGCAUGGAAGUAGAGUAAUUAUAACAACUAGAAAUAAGCAAAUGCUUAAUAAUAUUGGGGUUGAUUGGAUCUACAUGGCAGAGCAACUAGAUGAUGGUGAAGCUCUUCAACUCUUUAGUUUGAAAGCAUUCCAAAGAGAUUCUCCACCAAAGAAAUACAUGGAGUUGUCGAAAGAAGUAGUGAAUUAUGCCGUAGGCAUGCCCUUGGCUCUAAAAGUUUUAGGGUAUAUUGAGAAUGAUUUUGAUGAUGGACUUGAUGAUCAUGAACGAGAUGCGUUUCUUGACAUUGCCUGUUUUUUUAAAGGAAAUAGAAUAACGUUUGUGGAAGAAAUUUUGGGUGGUUGUGGAUUUAAGGAUACCAUAAGAAAUCUCAUUAAUAACUCUCUCAUUAGUAUCACACAAGAGAAUAAGCUAUGGAUGCAUAAUUUGGUGCAACAAAUGGGGUGGGAAAUUGUUCGUCAACAAAAUCCUAAAGAGCCUGGAAAGCACAGUAGGUUGUGGAUUACUAAUGAAGUAUGUCGUGUUUUGCUACAUGAUUUAGGUACUUCAUCAAUUGAAGGAUUAUCACUUAACACAUUUCACAUGAAGUAUGAUAUAGACAUAAAACCUACCGCUUUCAAUGAGAUGUACAAUCUAAGAUUGCUUAGAAUUAUUGUAUGCAUGGGGAACUACAAAUUAAGUGUUUCUGGAGGUCUUGAUUUUCUUCCAGAUGCGCUUAGAUAUCUCGAGUGGGCUCAGUAUCCGUUGAAAUCCUUGCCAUCAAGUUUCAUUCCACAUAAUCUUGUAAACCUCGAUAUGCCCCUAGGCCAGUUUGAGCAUCUUUGGAAUGGACUACAGCAUGUGGAGAGCUUACAGUAUGUGAGUCUUUGUUUCUCAAAGAAGCUAUCUAAUAUACCAAAUUUGAGUAGGGCUAAUCUUAAGUGUGCAGAUUUUGAAGGUUGUACAAGUUUGGUUGAGGUUCCUUCAUUGAGGUUUCAACAAAUUAAUGAAAAAAAUUCUACUAAGAUAAUUAGGAACCAAAUUACAUCAAAUGUCUGGAGCAAAAGAGAAGACUUGUUAAGAUAUGGGCCAUUGCAGGGUCUCAAAGUCCAUGACUACUCUUUGAAUCUUAAUGAAUGCUCUAAUUUCAAAACUCUUUCCCAUUUGUCUGGAGGUAUUGAAUAUAUAUAUUUACGCUCGACUGCAAUAGAAGAACUUCACCAUUCAAUUUGGAGUCUUGGACAUCUAGCUUUAUUGGAUCUCAACAAUUGUAAAAGCCUCAAGAACCUACCAGAAGACAUUUGUAACUUGGAGUGCAUGAAGGAGCUAAACCUAGGUGGCUGCGUGUGUAUCAACAUGUUUCCAAAGCUUCCGAAGAAUAUAGUGAGAGUAGAUUUGAGUGGAUCAGCAAUAGAACAAGUCCCAUCAUCAUCAUUCGAUUAUUGUACAAGUCUUGAGGUUUUGUGUCUGAAAGAUUGCACAAGGCUUGAAUAUGUUUCAACAACUAUUAGCAAGUUAAAAUUGCUCAAUUAUCUUGACCUUUCUUAUUGCUCCAAAUUAAAGUGCUUCCCAAACAUCACAGAGCCUAUGGAACAUUUGGUGCAUCUUUAUUUGGAUGGUUCAGGGAUUGAGGAGAUACAAUACAGGUCGAUUAAAACUUUAAUUGGGCUUCGCAUGCUAAAUUUGAGGCAAUGCAAAAAUCUUAAAUCUCUUCCAAUAGGUAAUUUUUGUACAAGCCACCUUGAGGUUCUCUACCUACCAGAGCGUUUAGAAUUGGAGAGUUCAACAUUUCAGAGAUUUGAGUAUGAAUACUACCGUGAUGCUUAUAACACAGCUAAAAAUUCCAUCUUAAAUCAAGAAACAGCUUACUCUGAAGAGGGUUCUAUUCUUUUUGGCGAUAAAAUACCAUUUUGGUUCACACAACAGUCUGAAGGAUCAUCUAUAGGCUUUAAGUUUUCAUCAAAUUUGCUCGAAAUUGACUCAAUAACGCUAGCUUUAUGUGUUUGUGUUUCCUAA